CAUUGCUCUGCAAAUACAACGUUUAAUAUUUAAAAACAAAUGCCAUGUACAAAAAUGUGCUAAAAGGAGGUAUACGUACAGCAAAGCAGGCCUGGAAAUUCCGAAACGAACUUGGUAAACUCAAUUUGGACUUAGCCAAAGCAAAUUCCGAUUUUGAACAGCAUUUGUGUGAAGUUUCAGUGUGCAAUCCGCUACCCGCCGCACGCUCACCCGCAACUAAACCAUAUUCAACUGCAGCGUGGAAACUGGCUCUGCUGAGCUUUUGUCGUCGCGCUUGUGCUUUUACUAACGCCCCCUGGUUACGCCCACGCCUCUGCCUGUAUACCCUGUGCCUUAAUACCGCUGAUAAGUAUUCUGCGUAUAUACUCUGUUCAGAGAGUUGCCACCUAAGCACCUUGACCUCAUCGAAGCAGUUUGUGAAGGUACAGAAACAGUUCUAUCGCGACUACUCUGACGUCUCAUUGGGCGCUCCACUGAAAACCACUGACGCACCCUUGCUGGGUGAUCUGUGUAAUCGAUAUCGCGAUAUACUCGCUCGAACAUCGGCCGAUUUGCUUGAUCCGCGUGCAGGACAACAACAACAACAAUUAAGUUCUAAUCGAGGCAUUCACAGCUGUUGCAAACGUCGUCAAGAGGAACAGUUAUACAGUCACAACAAUAUGGCCCCAUCGGAUGAGAGCGAAUUUCAGCGUCUGCCCACAUGCGUGGUGCCAACGCAUUACGAGCUAAUGCUACAGCCCGAUCUGAAAGCAUUUAGUUUUACGGGCAAGACAAUUGUGCAAAUAAGUGUCAUAGAGCCAACGACUCGCAUUACCCUCAAUGCGCUGGACAUAACGAUCGAGGGAGCAGAGUUUCAAUAUGAAUGCGAGAAGCUUAAGGCACAGCAAAUUAUCUACUCCAAGGAGAAGGAGACGGCCACACUGGAUUUCCAAAAGCAGCUGCCAGUGGGCACACCAGGCGUCCUGUACAUGACCUUCACCGGGGAGUUGAAUGACAAGAUGAAGGGCUUCUAUAGGAGCAAAUACUUUACGGCCUCUGGCGAGGAGCGCUAUGCGGGAGUCACCCAAUUCGAGGCAACGGAUGCCCGUCGCUGCUUUCCCUGCUGGGAUGAGCCGGCCAUUAAGGCCACCUUCGACAUAACGUUAACAGUGCCGAAGGAUCGUGUCGCUCUGUCCAAUAUGCCGGUGAAAAAAGAGGAUAUCCUGCCCAGCGGCUUGCGUCGCGUACGUUUCGAUCGCACACCCGUUAUGUCCACUUACCUGGUAGCCGUUGUUGUGGGAGAAUAUGAUUUUGUGGAGGCUAAGUCGGAUGAUGGAGUGCUUGUGCGCGUCUUCACACCUGUUGGAAAGAAGGAGCAAGGACAGUUCGCAUUGGAGGUGGCCACCAGAGUGUUGCCCUACUACAAGAGCUAUUUUAAUAUUGCAUAUCCGCUGCCUAAAAUGGAUUUGAUUGCCAUAUCGGAUUUUUCAGCGGGCGCUAUGGAGAACUGGGGUCUGGUCACCUAUCGCGAAACGUUCGUCCUUGUAGAUCCGAAGAAUACGUCUUUGAUGCGAAAGCAAUCGAUUGCUCUCACUGUGGGUCAUGAGAUUGCCCAUCAAUGGUUUGGCAAUCUGGUUACCAUGGAGUGGUGGACCCAUUUGUGGCUAAACGAGGGAUACGCCUCCUUUGUGGAGUUCCUUUGCGUCCAUCAUCUGUUUCCCGAAUACGACAUUUGGACACAGUUUGUCACGGAUAUGUAUACUCGUGCUUUGGAAUUGGAUUCGUUAAAGAACUCGCAUCCCAUUGAGGUGCCAGUGGGUCAUCCCUCAGAGAUUGAUGAGAUCUUUGAUGAGAUUAGCUAUAACAAAGGCGCCUCGGUCAUACGCAUGCUCCACGAUUACAUUGGCGAGGAUGAUUUCCGCAAGGGAAUGAAUAUUUACUUGACCAGGCAUCAGUAUAGCAACACUUGCACCGAGGAUCUGUGGGAGGCUCUGCAGGAGGCCAGUUCCAAGAAUGUGGGCGCUGUCAUGUCUAGCUGGAUCAAGUACAAGGGCUUUCCGGUUGUCACCGUUGAGUCCAAACAGAAGAGUGAAACACAGCGUGUGCUGCGCUUGACUCAGAGUAAAUUCACAGCGGAUGGCUCGCAGCCAGCUAAAAAUAACUUGUGGGUGAUACCCAUUUCGGUGUCCACAUCGCGUAAUCCCAAUCAGAUUGCCAAGACUUUCCUUCUUGAGAAGGAAUCCAUGGAAAUUGUGCUGGAUAAUGUGAGUGCAGAUGACUGGAUCAAAAUCAAUCCAGGCACAGUUGGCUACUAUCGCACUCGCUACUCCAAGGAGAUGCUGGAAAAACUAAUGCCCGCUGUGGAAAGCAUGCAGCUGCCCCCGCUUGACAGACUCGGUCUGAUUGAUGAUAUGUUUGCCAUGGUGCAGGCUGGCAAGGCCAGCACCGUCGAUGUGCUCCGAUUGGUGGGGAGCUAUCGAAACGAGACCAACUAUACCGUCUGGACAGCCAUUACCAAUUCGCUUACCAAUCUGCACAUUCUGAUCUCCCACACGGAUCUUAUGGAUGACUUUAACAUCUUUGGACGCAGCCUUUACGAACCGGUGGCCGCGCGUUUGGGUUGGGAACGACGUGAUAAUGAGAAUCAUUUGGAUACGCUUCUGCGUAGCCUGGUACUCACUCGUCUUGUCUCCUUCCGCAGCCCGGUGAUUUCGGAGACAGCACGUAAACGUUUUCGUAGCCAUGUCAACGGCACCAAGAUACUGCCUGCUGAUUUGCGUAGCACUUGCUACAAGGCCGUGCUGCAAGAUGGGGACACAGCGAUCUUUGAGGAGAUGCUGCAAUUGUACCGUUCCACCGACCUGCACGAGGAACAGGAUCGCAUUUCACGCGCUCUCGGUUGCAUUGGCGAUGUAAACCUGCUGCGACGUGUCAUCGAUUUUGCUAUGUCGGGUGAAGUGCGUGCCCAGGAUUCGGUAUUUGUUAUUGUCGCUGUGGCCCUCAAUCCCAAGGGUCGCGACUUGGCCUGGGAGUUCUUCAAGGAAAACAGCAAGCAGCUGCUGGAGCAAUAUCAGGGCGGAUUUCUUCUAACACGUCUCAUCAAAUAUUUGAUCGAGAACUUUGCCAGCGAGGAGAAGGCACGCGAAGUGGAGGAUUACUUCAGGACCAACCAGAUACCUGGUUGUGAACGCACAGUCUCGCAGGCUGUAGAGACCAUACGUCUGAAUGCCGCAUGGCUAAACCGCGAUCGUGAAUUGCUGACCAAUUAUCUGCGCGAUCUUUAGGCGUGGCCGAACCGUGCGUAACGCAUACCAAAGCAUUUAGCAAACAACUUCAACUGCAAACCAGAACACGACCAAAGCUGUCACAACUAACCCCUUUACCAUACCUUACCCCAUUUUCCUAAAUAGUUUAGCAAUGUUAAGCAGCAACUUCAACAGAGCAACUCGACUUCCUCCUGCUCCUGCUCCUUUACAGAUGGAGGAACAAGUGACAUUUAUGAUUCGAGAUCGAUGAAAACAUGUCUGUGCUGCACUUAUGUCUUUUACACUCAUACAAAAGUUAUGUUGAGUUUAUGACGAUCAAUAAAUGCAAUUCAAAUUUAAAGUCAAUAAAUUGGUCUUAAGGAAAGCAUCCUAGCAGACCAACUAAUUCGCAAA